CAGUGUGCACGCCCACCGCCGCCCGCUCGCUCUCCCUCAUGGACCCUCCUCUCCGGCUGCUGCCCGAUGGGCGCCUCAUGGCAGCGCUGUUGCUCCUGGCAGCCUGCAUGUCCGCCUGCAGCGUGCAGGCGGUGACGAGCGCGGAGGCCUCCUACAUCGCGCGCCGCCAGCUGCUGGCCAUGAAGGAGGCCGGCGCCGGCGAGGGCGGCGACCUGCCGGCGGACUUCGAGUUCGACGACCGCGUCGGCGCCGCCAACUUCCCCAACCCGCGCCUCCGCCGCGCGUACAUCGCGCUGCAGGCCUGGCGCCGCGCCUUCUACUCCGACCCCAAGGGCUACACCGCCAACUGGGUCGGCGAGGACGUGUGCAAGUACAACGGCGUCAUCUGCACGGAGGCGCUGGACGACCCCAAGGUCACGGUCGUGGCCGGGAUCGACCUCAACGGCGCCGACAUCGCGGGGUACCUGCCGCCCGAGCUCGGCCUGCUCACCGACCUCGCCUUCUUCCACAUCAACACCAACCGCUUCUGCGGCAUCAUCCCCAAGAGCAUGUCGCGGCUGUCGCUGCUGCACGAGUUCGACGUGAGCAACAACCGCUUCGUCGGCGUCUUCCCCUACGUCUGCCUCGAGAUGGUGUCGCUCAAGUACCUCGACCUCCGCUUCAACGACUUUGAGGGCGAGCUGCCGCCAGCGCUCUUCGACAAGGACCUGGACGCCAUCUUCGUCAACACCAACCGAUUCGUGGGCUAUAUCCCGGAGAACCUCGGCAACUCCACGGCGUCCGUCAUCGUUUUCGCCAACAACGCCUUCGUCGGAUGCAUCCCCAAGAGCAUCGGCCGCAUGGUGAAGACGCUGGACGAAAUCAUCUUCCUCAACAACAAACUCGACGGGUGCCUGCCGCUGGAGAUGGGCCUGCUGGUCAACACCACCGUCAUCGACGUCAGCGGGAACAUGCUCGUGGGCACCAUCCCCGAGCAGCUCUCCAACAUCGCCAAGCUGGAGCAGCUCGACGUGUCCCGGAACGUCUUCACCGGCAUCGUGCACGAGUCCAUCUGCGAGCUCCCGGCGCUCGUCAACUUCAGCUUCGCCUUCAACUUCUUCAACUCGGAGGCCGUCGUGUGCAUGCCGUCCGACAAGGCGCUCGUCAACUUCGACGACAGGGACAACUGCCUCGGCGCGCUGCGCCCGGCGCAGAAGACCGCGCUGCAGUGCGCUCCCGUGCUCGCGCGCCCCGUCGACUGCAGCAAGCACGUGUGCGCUGGCUACCCCACACCCGGAGGGCCACCAUCGUCGUCGGUGCCAGGGAAGCCGCCUUCGGUGCCAGGGAAGCCUGCUGCACCUGCGCCCAUGCCAACCCCGCAUACACCGCCGGAUGUGUCGCCAGAACCGCUUCCAGAACCUUCGCCGGUGCCUGCACCUGCACCCAUGCCGAUGCCGACCCCUCGUUCACCGCCGGCGGACGAAUACAUUCCAACGCCACCUGUACCCGCGAAGUCACCGCCAGCGACCUCGCCACCGGCAUCACGUGGUGCUCCACCGCCUCAGGCACAACCUCCAGCUGCCUCCUCCCCGCCUGCAACACCUGUGAAAUCGUCUCCUCCGCCAGCAGCAGUUGUUUUACCACCACCUGCGAAGACUCCUUCUCCUCCGGCCCCUGUUGCUUCACCACCACCAGAAGCACCAGUGAGCUCUCCACAGCCUCAAGUAAAAUCACCUCCUCCACCAGCACCGGUGGCCUCACCACCACCACCCAUGAAGUCGCCUCCCCCACCAGCGCGAGUGGCAUCACCUCCGCCGCUGAUGAAAUCACCUCCACCACCAGCACCAGUGGCCUCUCCACCCCAACCGUUGAAAUCUCCACCACCGCCAGUACUGGUGGCCUCUCCACCUCCAUCGGUGAAAUCUCCACCACCGCCGGUACCAGUGGCCUCUCCACCUCCACCGGUGAAAUCUCCACCACCGCUGGCUCCAGUGAGCUCACCUUCUCCUCCGGUGAAGUUGCCACCACUACCAGCUCCUGGGAAAUCAACCCCACCUCCAGAAGAGGAAAAACCAACACCACCUACUCCAGUAAAGUCAUCGCCGCCUCCAGAGAAGUCUCUACCUCCACCCACUCUGACUACCUCUCCACCACCACAAGAGAAGCCUACUCCUCCAUCAACUCCAUCCAAACCACCACCAUCUCCAGUUGAGACACUACCUCCUCCAUCAAAGUCUUCUCCACCGGAAGAACCAGUUAGCUCACCACCUCAAGCACCAAAGUCGUCAUCUCCACCAGCUCCUGUAAGCUCACCACCUCCACUGAAGUCUUCUCCGCCUCCAGUACCAGAGAGCUCACCACCACCGACACCUAAGUCAUCACCUCCACUGGCUCCAGUGAGCUCACCACCUCAAGUGGAGAAGACUUCUCCACCACCAGCACCAGUCAGCUCACCACCACCGACACCUAAGUCAUCACCUCCACUAGCUCCAGUGAGCUCACCACCUCAAGUAGAGAAGACUUCUCCACCACCAGCACCAGUCAGCUCACCACCACCAACACCUAAGUCAUCACCUCCACUAGCUCCAGUGAGCUCACCACCUCAAGUAGAGAAGACUUCUCCACCACCAGCACCAGUCAGCUCACCACCAUUGGAGCCUAAGCCAUCAUCUCCACCUAGUUCUGUGAGCUCUCCACCUACGACGGUGAAGUCUUCUCCACCACCAGCACCACUUAGCUCGCCACCAAUGACGCCUAAGUCAUCAAGCCCACCUGCACACGUGAGCUCGCCUCCUGAAGCAGAGAAGUCAUCCCCGCCACUGGCACCGAUCAGCUCACCGCCAUCAGAGCCCAAGUCACCGUCGUCACCUCCAAUGGUAGAGAAAACUUCUCCACCACCGGCAACGGUUAGCUCACCACCACCUACGCCUAAGUCGUCACCUCCACCUGCUCCUGUGAGCUCACCACCUCCAGUGGUGAAGUCUUCUCCACCACCGGCACCAGUCAGCUCACCACCACCGACACCUAAGCCAUUACCUCCACCUGCUCCUGUGAGCUCACCACCUCCGGUGGUGAAGUCUUCUCCACCGCCGACACCAGUCAGCUCACCACCACCGACACCUAAGCCAUUGCCUCCACCUGCUCCUGUGAGCUCACCACCUCCAGUGGUGAAAUCUUCUCCACCACCGGCACCAGUCAGCUUACCACCACCGACGCCUAAGCCAUCUCCACCACCUACUCCUGUGAGCUCACCACCUCCAGUAGUAAAGUCUUCUCCACCACCAACACUAGUCAGCUCACCACCACCAGCACCUAAGUCAUUACCUCCACCUACUCCCGUGAGCUCGCCGCCUCCAGAAGUGAAGUCCUCUCCUCCACCAACCCCAGUUAGCUCACCACCACCAGCGCCGAAGUCGUCACCUCCACCUACUCCAGUGAGCUCGCCACCUCCAGAACUGAAGUCCUCUCCACCACCAGCCCCAGUUAGCUCACCACCAUCAGCGCCAAAGUCGUCACCUCCACCUGCUCCUGUAAGCUUGCCACCUCCUGAAGUAAAGUCUUCCCCACCACCAGCACCGAUUAGCUCUCCACCACCUCCGGCCAAGUCACCACCUCCACCGGCCCCUAUGAGCUCACUUCCUCCCCCUGUGAAGUCUCCACCUCCACCAGCGCCGGUCAGUUCGCCACCACCUCCAAUGAAGUCCCCACCGCCGCCAGCACCAAUUAGCUCUCCGCCACCAGCACCAGUGAAGCCACCAUCGCUACCACCACCAGCCCCGGUAAGCUCACCUCCUCCUGCGGUCACCUCUGCCCCACCAAAGAAAGAAGAAGAUUCAACGGCACCACCGGCAGAAGCCCUACCUCCACCUUCAUUCAACGACAUCAUCCUUCCACCUAUCAUGGCCAACAAAUACGCAUCUCCGCCUCCUCCUCUAUUCCAAGGAUAUUAAGCUCUAUGGAGAGAUGGUCGACCAAGAAUGAAUUGAACAACAAUAUAUAAGGUCGCAUGCGCAACCAAACAGCUACAUGUACAUUGCAGGCGUGUGUGAAAUUGUUUAUUUAUUUUUUGCAUGUGCACGCGUGAGUAUUUGCUUCUCCGUACAUACUCUAUGUAUGAACGUGUGCAUGUGUGAACUAACUACAUGAGACGACAAGGUGCAAGAGACAUGUCUGGGGCGUCAUUUGUAUGGCUUUAAUUUUUUUUAUUAUAUAUAGAUAAGGAAAUAUUUUCCUUAAAAAUGGAGUACAAGGGAUUGUUGAGAACUGCUUUUGUUCAUGAUAUUAAUAUAUAUGAUGAAUAUUUCUUGCAA